AUGCAGAUGACUGUCUUCAUUGUCCAGAAGAUCAAUAUCCCAACAAAGCUCAAAAUGUUUGCAUUCUGAAGAGUGUAAAUUUCUUGUCCUAUAAAGAACCAUUGGGAAUUGCCUUGGUGACUCUUAGUCUCUUCUUUUCUUUCAUCACAGCUUUGGUGCUGGAGAUCUUUAUUAAACAGCGGGACACCCCCAUGGUCAAAGCCAACAACAGGAACCUCACCUACAUUCUUCUCAUUGCUCUCAUGCUCUCCUUCCUUUGCACCUUGCUCUUCAUUGGCCAACCUAACCAGAUGAAAUGUCCUUUGAGACAAACUGCUUUUGGCAUCAUCUUCUCUGUAGCCCUUUCUUGCAUAUUGGGGAAAACAACCAUUGUGAUUCUUGCUUUCAUGGCCACCAAGCCAGGCUCCAAAAUGAGGAAAUGGGUGGGGAAAAGACUGGCUAUUUCUAUUGUCCUAUUUUGCUCCUUGGUGCAAGUCAUAAUUUGUGCUGUAUGGUUGGUAAUUUCUCCCCCAUUCCCAGAUUCAGAUAUUUCCUCCAUGGCUGAAGAAAUUGUCCUAGAAUGUAAUGAGGGUUCAGCCAUUAUGUUUUAUGCUGUCCUUGGCUUUCUGGGGUUCUUGACUGUGGUUAGCUUCACCGUGGCCUUCCUUGCUAGGAAUUUACCUGACAGCUUUAAUGAAGCUAAAUUCAUAACCUUCAGCAUGUUGGUCUUUUGCAGUGUCUGGAUAUCCUUUGUUCCCGCCUAUCUAAGCACGAAGGGCAAAUACAUGGUGGCUGUGGAGAUCUUCUCCAUUUUGGCUUCAGCAGCUGGAUUACUGGGCUGUAUCUUUUNCCCUAAAUGCUAUGUUAUUGUGCUGAGGCCAGACUUGAACAAAAAGGAACAACUAAUAAAGAGAGAAAAAUGA